AUGCAAUAAUAAUAUUCUAAUAGUACAAUAUAGGAUUUCAAUAUACUUGAGAAAUUGGGAGAAGGAUCUUUUUCUUCUGUUUAUAAGGUAAUAUUAAGAAUUGAUAUCUAUAGGUUUAAAGAAAAUCAGAUAGUUAAUAUUAUGCUAUGAAGAAAGUGAAUAUUUCAUAAUAGAGUUUGAAAGAGAGAGAAAAUGCUUUGAAUGAAAUCAGAAUAUUAGCAUCUUUGGAUUCACCAUAUAUAGUAGAAUUUAAGGAUGCUUUUAUAGAUUAAGAUGGAAGAAUUCUUUUUGUAAUAAUGGAAUAUGCAUCAGGUGGAGACUUAAAUUAAAUUUUAAAGUAAGGUAAAUUAGAAGGUGGAAUUAAAGAGAAUGAAAUAUGGAAUAUAUUAACAUAGAUAACACUAGGAGUGAAAAUAUUACAUGAUAAUGACAUAUUGCAUAGAGAUCUUAAAUCAGCCAAUGUAUUUGUGUCUAAAAUUCCAUAAGGGAAUAUAUAUAAAAUAGGAGAUCUAAAUAUUAGUAAGGUAACUCAUGGAGCAAAUGCUAAGACAUAGACAGGAACACCAUGUAUUGAUAUUAAUUUAAAUAAUAGAUUAUGCUGCACCUGAAGUAUGGAAAGGUGAAUAAUAUUCAUGGCCUUGUGAUAUUUGGUCAAUUGGUUGUAUAAUAUAUGAAUUAACUACAUUUCAACCUCCUUUUAGAGCUGCAGAUCUUUAGUCAUUAAAUAAAAAGAUUUAAGCAGGUUUGUAUGAUCCAAUACCUUCUAAAUAUAGUUAAGAUCUAUAAGAUAUAUUAAGGAUACUCUUAUAAGUUAAUCCAAAAAAUAGACCAAAUUGUGAUUAAAUUCUCAUAAAUCCAAAAGUCAUUAAAAAUAGUGGAUCAUUAUUAGUAGAAGUCGAGAAAAAUGGUGUUAAAUAAGCUAAACUAUUAUAAACUAUUAAACUCCCUUUUAAUUUAAAGUAAUUAAAGGAUAAUUUACCAAAGUCUAAAUAUGAAAAUAAGAUUAAAAGAUCAAAUUCUUAAUAAGGACUUAAAAUUGAAACUGAUACUCCUAUAUCUCAAUAACCUCGAAUUAAUAUGGAAAUAUAAUAAUAAUAAUAAUAAAGAAAAAAAUUAAUCAGUGUCCCAUCAUAAGGUGCUCCAAUCAAAAGCAAACCUCCUUUAGCCAAACCUCAAAUUGUAUAGCCUUAAAAACUUUAAUAACAUCCUUAAACACCUUAAUAUUAAGGAUAAAAAAUAUAAUAUAAGGAUUAAAAUUCAUAGUAUUUCUAUAUUAUUUAUAUUAGAAAUUAAGGACAGUAAUAUUGUAAACCAACAUUCUUGCAAUAAAAUUAUGGAAUUCGGGAUAUUUCACCAAGGAAUCAUAAUAAUCCUUAUUUACAAUAAAGAGUAGGACAACAUAAUUAAUAAAAUAUAGGAAAACCAACACAAUAGAAAAGACUGUAUAGUGCAGGUAUAUAUGGAAGAUAAUAAAUAUAUAAAUGA